AUGUGUUUAAUGAGAUUUUGUUUGCUUCUUUUUUUGGUGACUCUUCUGCUCCUCGCGGGGAACGUGAUGGCGGUGCGGGUUCAGCGCCCCGCUUUUCUUGCAAGCCGGAAAUUUGACGCUUAUAAAUUGUCAGUUGGUCCCCCGAAUUGGAGCGGCAGGGAGCACAAAGGGGAAGUUCUCCUGGUGAGGGGGGCGGAGCUGUGCGCGGAUGGUGCCGGCAGCAACAAGUGGAAAGGGGCCAUCGUUUUGGCUUUGGGUCACGAGUGCGAUACCGUCGUCCAGGCUUUGACGGCCCAGCGCGGGGGGGCUGUGGGAUUGCUCGUCAGUAAAUCCGGUGGUUAUACAGGUUCAGAGGGAGAGGUGCGUAUUCCAGUGGAAGUUUUAAAAAAAGAAGACUAUGACGCCUUUGCCAUGACCAUUAAUCAAGGAAUUUCAAUCCACGUCUCUAUUGGAAACUCUUUAAAUGUUCAGCGCUUUGCAGACUAA